AUGGCAAUCAUUGAUGCAGGUAUAGGGAAAACACAGUGGAAUACAAUCUUGUCGGCUUUGAAUAUUCCCGUACUGUCCCCUACAACUUUUAAACGUCAUGAAGAAGCAUACGUAACGGACAAUAAUAAUAUUAGUUCACAUAUUCAAUCACUGCAUGAACCAGAAGAACCUGUGGACUUAGCAGCAUCGUUUGAUACUGCAUGGCAGAGGCGUGGUACUGGACACUCUUACAACAGUAUGUCAGGUCACUCAUCUCUUAUCGGUCACAAUUCGAAAAAGAUUCUCAGUUACGAUGUUCGUACUAAAGCAUGUGCGAAGUGUAAUCGAGGACAUCGGCCUGACGAUCAUGAUUGUCGGAAAAAUUUCGAGGGUAGCGCAAAAUCCAUGGAGCCGGAAAUGGCUGUGAGAAUGGUCGUGAAUAAUGACUUACUCAAAAACGAGGGAGCCCGAAUUUCUGUACUUAUCGGCGACGACGACUCUUCAACGAUUGCAGCAGUACAACGAGAAUCUACUACAAAAGUCGAAAAGUGGUCUGAUUUGAAUCACUCAGCCAAAGGAUUAACUAAUGCUCUUUACAAGGCACAUGUGCCAACAAAAAUAAUUCCGUAUCUUUCACGCUGCUUCAACUAUACGAUCAAACAAAACCAAGGAGAUCCUGCAGCCAAAAAAAAACAAAAAACAAACAAAGAACAAGAACCACAAAACGAAGAAAACGAAAAUGACGAGACGACUGGAAAUUAUCGAUACAAAGGUCUCCCGAAAGGUCAACCACUCUCAGAUCCUGUACUCCGGAGCUCUUUGACGUCCAUAUUCGCACGCUUUGCACGAAAUUCAGAGAAAUUGGUGCCGUGUGCCUCAAGUCAGGCUAAUGAGUCAUUCAAUCACACUGUAGCUAGCAAAGCUCCGAAAUCGAGAUUUUAUGCUGGAUCAGAAUCUCUACAUUAA